AUGGGCUUCCUCGAAGCGCUGCUGCUCUUGGUGGCGGCCGCCUUGCUGGGCGCGGCCAUCCUGGUGGUGGUGGGGAGCAUUUAUUUCGACGCCACCAAUGCCGAGGUGCCCCCGGAGAUCGAGCACCCGGCCAAGUUGCGUCUCGUCCACGCGCUUUUGAUAGGCACGGCGGUGGUGGGAAAGAUUUUGGAGAAUCUACAUAUCUGCAGUCAAAUCCAGUUUGUCCGGUAUUGCCAAAAAGGACAGAAGCAAGGACGAGACCCCAAACUUUUCAUCAAGGAUAUGAAGUUUAAGCAUGUUCCUGUCCGAAUUUACCAACCCAAAACACCCUCUGCUGGCCGAAGGAAAGGCGUCAUUUUCUUUCAUGGAGGAGGAUUUAUGUUUGGAAGCAUCCGAUCCUACGACAAGAUAUGCCGUUAUCUCUCCAAAGAAAGUGAAUCGGUGGUGGUGUCUGUGGAGUACCGACUGUCUCCUGAACACAAGUAUCCAGCUCAGCUGAACGACUGUCUCGCUGCCACCACCCAGUUCCUUCAGAGCGCUGACGACUAUGGUGUGGACAGCAACCGGGUCAUUGUUGCAGGUGACAGUGCUGGGGGCAACCUUGCCGCUGUAGUGUGCCAAACCCUAGUGGGUAGACAUGGCCUUGCGAAAGUAUGUGCUCAGAUCCUCAUCUAUCCUGCACUCCAGGCCAUAGACUUCAACUUACCUUCGUAUCAACAAAACCAGGCUGUACCCUUUUUGUUCCGGGAAAAGGCUGUGUUCUACUUUCUACAUUACCUGAACGGAGAGGCGUCCUUACUAGAAGAAGUCUUGCAAGGAUGUCAUGUCCCAGCGGAUCAAAGACUUCGCUACAGGAAGUGGAUAAGUGCAGACAACAUCCCUAAAGAAUUCAAGGCCAGAGGUUACAAGCCUUCAGUGCCCAUUGCCUGUGACGACGAGGUGUACAAAGAACUUAAGAAUGCGUGCAUGUCAGAAAUUUCACCAUUGGUAAUUGAAGAUGCUGUGGUUCGAAAGCUCCCCCGGACGUGCAUCGUCACCUGCGAAUAUGACGUUUUGAGGGAUGAUGGAUUGCUGUACAAGAAAAGAUUAGAGGACAAUGAUGUCCCCGUGACUUGGUAUCACAUUAUUAACGGAUUCCAUGGAAUUAUAAGCUUCUUCGAUAAAGGCUGGCUUACUUUUCCAUCUGGGAAACAAGGGCUGGAUAACAUUGUCAGGUUUAUUCAAAGCCUGUAGAAAUUACCUCGCUGAACUUCAAAGACUGGGUAUUUCGUUGAUCUGGUUCCGGAGGGUAGCCGUGUUGGUCUACUGUGCGAGAGCUAGGGUUCAAAUUCAACAGCACCUUAGCAGCCCACAAGAUUUGGGGGGUAUAAGUGUUUGAGAGUUAAAAUUCCCCUUGUCAGAUCUGGCAAAGGGAAUUUUAACUCUUGAAAGCUUUUACCUCAAAAAUCUUGUGGGUCUCUAAGGUACUACCAGCACCUCAUCAGUUGGAGUUCCCCAGGGCUUUUUUGUAGCAGGAACUCCUUUGCAUAUUAAGCCACACACCCCUGAUGUAGCCAAUCCUCCUGGAGCUAUUGGUCACUUCCAGGCUGGAUUACUGUAACUCGCUCUAUGCUGGCUUGUCCCUGAAACUGAUCCGGAAACUGCAGUGGGUGCAGAACACAGCAGCUCGCCUGCUGACUGCAUCACUUAUACGGGUGAGCAUACGACCGGCGCUCCGUGACCUGCACUGGCUGCCUAUAGAGUACCGAAUCCAUUUCAAGGUGUUAGUUUUGACUUUUAAAGCCUUACGCGGCCUGGGACCAACAUACCUACGGGUCCAUCUCCUUCCAUAUAGGCCCCGGAGGUCGCUUCGUUCGGCCUCCCAGGAUCUUCUGACAGUCCCCGGCCCAAAGGAUGCCCGUCUUGCCUCUACCAGGGCCAGGACUUUCUCGGUCCUGGCCCCGACCUGGUGGAACCAGCUCCCAAUAGGGAUCCGGGCCCUACCUCGCCUACUGGCCUUUCGUAGGGCCUGUAAAACGGAGCUGUUCCACCAGGUCUUUGGAUGAGGCAGCGGGCAUCCAUCUAUUAGAUCGGUUGGCCUCCCCCUACACCUUUACUGCCCACUGCAUCACUGUAUUGUGGAGCUAUACCAUCUUGCUCAUAUCGCCUUGCCGAACUAACUUACUGCUCUUACUGAAUGUUGAAUUUGUUUUUAUUACGAUUUUGUGAUUUAAAUUUAAAUUGUUGUACUCUGCUCUGAGCCCCCCAAAAGGGGGAAGGGGUGGAAUAGAAAUAAACUGAUAAAAUUAAUUAAUUAAUUAAUUGAAUUAGGCCCUGUGCUAAGAGCCUUGCAAGCUCUUGGAGGAUUGGCUACAUCAUGGGGGUGUGGCCUAAUAUGCAAAGGAGCUCCUGCUACAAAGAAAAGCCCUGGGGUUCCCAGUCAAAAUGAGGAAAAGCGGGGCUUAAGUUUCACUGAGUAAAUAUUUGAGAUAAAGGAAUAUCUAAGGUGCUACUGGCUUGUCAUGAAACACAGAUCGGCGAGGAUGGUUUUGAUUGGCCAAGGAGCACCUUUGACCAACGCACCAGAAGUACAAGAAACCCAUGGACCCUUUUACAGACAUUAUUAUUAUUUCCUACCAUGAUGGUGAUAAACAUUUAUAUCCCACUUUUCUUCUCACAAUCCUGAAAUCAGCUUACAAAAAAAUAAUGCCCGUAAUAUGUUUCUACUGGCAGUGAAUGCUCAGAAAAGUCUGCCAUCUUCACCCAAUGUGUCUUGAUGUGUUAGUGCUUUAUGUGCUUCCUUCCUUCUGUGCUAAUGACUGAUUAAGUGCCUUCAAGAUGACUCCCGCUGGCAGCUCCCGACAGAAUUCUCGGGUAGCUGAAGUGGAUGUUCUGCGGACGAAUGAGGCAAAGCCAGGGCAUAUUUUGACGGUGGGCGGUGUGGUGUUUGUCACGACUCCCAUUUCUUGAUCCAGGCCAGCAUACAGAUUGCUCUCGGUCCACCGUGUGCUAAUCCACUCCAGGAAGUGAACAAGGAGGAUUAAAGGAAAUUCUAGAAGGAGGGUAGUUCCACCGUGGCUGUCAUUCAAUACAGGAAGGGAACUUCACUACUAAACUCUCUUAAAA